CUGUCUGUCGUUCUUUCCUCGCUGUAUCAUCUCUCAUCACCAUCACCGAACCAGACCAGACACACCCAACACUUCCUUCACUCGCCUGUUCAUCUCUCUCUCUCUCUGUUCGAGAGACCACGUGAAAGGAAGAUAACCCACAUAGACUGGCUCUCGCUUUCGUUUCUUGCAAUCUCUACCGCAGAACCCAUCGAAGGCCUCCUCCCUUUCGCUUUCUCUCGUAGCUCUUUCGCCUCUUUCAGACCCAUCGAUUCAAUGGAAUAUCGCAAGGAGGAGAAGAACACUCCGUGGCUAUCAGUCCCGCAAUUUGGGGACUGGGACCAGAAGGGGCAGGUUCCUGAUUACUCGCUGGACUUCUCAAAAAUAAGGGAAACGAGGAAGCAGAAUAAGAGGGACGUCUCAAGAGCCAGCAUCGGGAACGAAGAGGAGCUCGCUCCUUCGAAGACCGUUGCCACGACCGCCACCCCCGGCGACGGCCACCACUACCACGAGAGUCACGACUCGCCCCCGAUGACGAGGAGGAGCGUUCUCAGCUGCUUCAGCUGUUGUGUAAAGGCUUGAGAUUGGCGUUUCUUGAGAAGAGUUUCUUUUCCGUGAAUGAUGUUCUGGGAUGUGCUGGUCCCCAUGCACGUGUGCAUUGUUAUUGCUUUCAGACAGAUAUGGCUUCUGUACUUGAAAUUUGAUGGUGAUGGUUGUUUUCUGCCUAGUCUCCCGGUCCCCGAUAAUUUUUUGGUAAGUGAACAUUAAAUGUGCG